GUGUUCUCUUCAGCCACCGAGCCACCGAUCCCGUAUAACCAACUGGCAACAGCGUGAGAGUGCUCCUGGCCAUACCACGAGUACACCAACCAUCGAAUUCCCUGCUCUCUUUGUCAAUCGCGGAGGCGGGAGAUUCGGUGGGCAUGGCGGAGGAGCAGUUCCUGGCCGCCGCGGUGGACGCCGCCAAGAGUGCCGGAGAGGUCAUCCGCAAGGGCUUUUACCUGACCAAGAAUGUGGAGCACAAGGGCCAGGUGGAUUUGGUGACGGAGACGGACAAGGCCUGUGAGGACCUCAUCUUCAACCACCUCCGGAAGCUCUAUCCGGACCACAAAUUCAUCGGCGAGGAGACGUCCGCGGCGCUCGGCUCCACCGCCGACCUCACCGACGAUCCCACCUGGAUUGUCGACCCACUUGAUGGCACCACCAAUUUUGUGCAUGGCUUCCCUUUUGUGUGCGUCUCGAUUGGCCUCACCAUUGGGAAGAUUCCCAGUGUUGGAGUCGUGUACAAUCCCAUCAUGAAUGAGCUUUUCACAGCUGUUCGUGGAAAAGGUGCUUUCCUCAAUGGUUCUCCAAUCAAAACAUCGUCUCAAGAUGAGUUAGUGAAGGCCCUUAUGGUAACAGAGGUAGGAACCAAAAGGGACAAGUCCACUUUGGAUGAUACAACCAACAGAAUCAACAAGUUACUAUUCAAGAUUAGGUCUAUACGAAUGUGUGGCUCUUUGGCCUUAAACAUGUGUGGAGUAGCUUGUGGUAGGCUAGAUUUGUGUUAUGAGAUCGGAUUUGGUGGCCCCUGGGAUGUGGCUGCUGGAGCUGUAAUUCUACAGGAAGCUGGGGGUUUUGUGUUUGAUCCGAGUGGUGGGGAGUUUGAUUUGAUGGCGCAAAGAAUGGCAGGAUCGAAUGGCUUCCUCAAGGACCAGUUUAUCAAAGAAUUGACAGAUGCAAGCUGAAUAAGCUAUUUCUUGUCUUAAAAUAGAAUAAGAAUAUAAGAUCACCCCACCAUUAACUUAUAAGUGCAAUUUUUCGUGUAGUUCUACCUUCUACGUGAACAUCAUGCAUAUUCUGCGAACAUCUGGGUGUAGUGAAACUGUAUUCAUUGUGGGGGGAAAAUAAACAUGUGGAUGCUUUCCUUGGUAUUGGGCCAGCAAGUUGACCUUUUGUGAUAUACUGCCUCCUUUUUCAUAAUAUACAAGGCGUCUUAUGUUUCGUUAA